GCUGCAGGAUGGUGCACAAUUGCUUCACUUCCAGCUGAGCUGCACAUAGCGGAGAGGAAAGGAGGAGCUUCUCUCUAUUCACCUCCUCUUUUCGGUGGUUGGACACCCGCAAGGGUCACUGUUUUGAAGGACGUGCCAGUCCCUUCUCAGCAGGUGCACUGAGGGAUUGGCGAAUGGAGGCCGUGGGCAAGUACGAAUUCAAUGGAGCCGGUGAGGACGAGCUGAGCUUCAGAAAGGGAGAUACAUUGAAGGUUCUUAGCACAGAAGACGACUGGUACAAAGCAGAGCUGCUGGGGGAUGAAGGCUACGUUCCCAAGAACUACAUCGAAAUGAAAUCCCCCAGCUGGUUCCGGGGCAACCUCUCACGAGCCGAAUCGGAGGCGACGUUGAUGGAACAAGAUCUUGGCUCUUUCCUCAUCCGGACCAGUCAGAGCGCGAAGAAUGAAUUUUCCCUCUCCGUCAGACACGAAGAAGACGUGCAGCAUUUUAAGGUUCUGCGUGACGGGAAGGGUCACUAUUUCCUGUGGUCGGAGAAGUUCAGCUCCCUGAACAGCCUGGUGGAUUACUACAGGCAAACCUCCAUCUCCAAGAGCAGCCAGAUCUACCUGCGAGACGGCAGCAGUGAGAGCAAGGGCGGUUACGGUGCGUCAAUGAUGGCGUCCCCCAGCACAGCAGGCCCGGGAUUCACUGACCCAGCCGCUAACUUCAAGAAAAGCAGCUUCACCCCACCCCCAACUCUCAUGCUCAAGCCACUGCAGAGACAGGCGCAUAUAGAUGCUCCAAUGCAGAGGCAAGCUUACAAUGAGGCUCCAAUGCAGAGGCAAGCUUACAAUGAGGCUCCGAUGCAGAGGCAAGCUUACAACGAGGCUCCGAUGCAGAGGCCAUCUUACAAUGAGGCUCCGAUGCAGAGGCCAUCUUACAGUGAGGCCCCAAUGCAGCGGCAGCCAUUCAACCCACACGCGACAGCCAAUGAUGCACCAAUGCAGCGGCAAACGUUCAAGCUGCAUGCACCAGCCAACGAGGUUCCAAUGCAGCGGCACCCAUACAAUCCGCAUGCGGGAGUCAAUGAUGCACCAAUGCAGAGGAAUCGCUACAGCCCGCAUCCGUCCGCCAGCGAGGCCCCAACGCAGCGACACCCCUACGGCCCCCCUCUCGCGGCCAUGGCCGAGGCCCAGCCAGCCUUCCGGAAGCUCAGCGAAUGCCCACCAAUGCCUGUAAGGCAGGUACGGGCCCUGUUUGACUUUGUGGCUGAGAUGAACGACGAGUUGGGGUUCCGGAUGGGAGACGUGAUUGAGCUGGUGGAUCAGCCGGACCCCUCGUGGUGGAAGGGGUGUCUGCGAGGGCAGGUGGGCCUGUUCCCCAGUAACUACGUGAUGCCCUUCAAACCGUAACUGUCCAUCCGUCCACAUUCCCAAAGCAACUUCCCCCUCCCCCACGCCCUCAACCCCAAAAUAAUGGAGCAGUCCGGGCACAAACAUAUUGAAUGUUGGAUGGAUUGUCUGGUUGGGGUUGACACCACGAUGGCUGAGUGCAGAACCUGAGAGCUUCCAGGAUGGUGGAAGGUGAACUGAAUGGACCUUGGUCUUUUUUUCGUCCAGAAAUUCCUACAACAGUUCGUAUCUUUUUUUCUCUCUCUCUCUCUCUCUCUCUCUCUCUCUUGACUCUUGUCUGUCCCAAACUUGUGACUUGUGAGCUCCUUGUGAGCUCGUAGUAACUCACCCAUGCCCUUGCCGCCAAAUUGGAAGAUGAUUGGGACCUAUUUGAGAUGCCAGUGUUAUGGUCAACAGGGGGGUGGUGGGUGAGGGCUGGGGUCAUACUUGUCUCGAUGGACUGAUGGCCAAGGAUUGCUUCUCUGCUGCCA